AUGGUGCAGCAGGUCUUAAUGGUAGCUGAAAAGCCCUCUAUUGCGGAGGCUCUCGCGAAGUCACUAUGUAAAGGCAAAUACAACUCUCGAAGGGGAGUGUCACCUGUCGGUCAAGUGCAUGAGUUCAACGGCGAAUUCCAGGGGAGUCCGGCGUGGUUGAAGAUUACGUCUGUAGCGGGUCAUGUGUACAGCAUAGACUUCCCGCCUGAGCUCAACAACUGGGAUAGAGUGGAUCCGGCCAAGCUGUUCGAGUCCAAGACUGUUCAGAAAGAGGCCAACCCCAAGCAGAGGAUGCCUCAGCAUCUGCGUUCAGAAUCCAAGGGCUGCGACCAUCUAGUACUCUGGCUCGAUUGUGAUAGAGAAGGCGAGAAUAUCUGUUAUGAGGUGAUGCAGAAUGUCGUUCCGAACUUGUCCGACCGCAAGAAUGUAUGGCGAGCCAAGUUCUCCAGUUUGGUGGCUAAGGAUCUUCAGCAUGCCUACCGUAACCUCGGAUACCCCAAUCAGAAUGAGGCGCUGUCAGUGGAUGCUCGCCAGGAAAUCGACCUCAAGACGGGCGUUGCUUUCACUCGUUUUCAGACCAGAUACUUUCAGGGUAAAUACGGCGAUCUUGAUUCCUCUCUGGUCUCGUAUGGACCCUGCCAAACGCCUACUCUGUGGUUCUGUGUACGGAGGCAUAACGACAUUCAGACAUUCCAACCCGAGACUUACUACACCAUUGAUGUCAAACUUGAAGGCUCUCAGCUGGCUUCUCCUCUGUGGUUGGAAUGGUCUCGCGGUCAGCUUUUCGACCUGCAAGCAGCUACUACGUUCAAGUCGAUGAUCGACGCUUAUCAAUGGGCGACAGUGACGGAUGUUAGUGAGAAGGAGGAACGGAGGUCUAGACCGGGAGCUAUGAACACUGUGUUGAUGCUCAAGCUGGCCUCUCAGCAGCUGGGAAUGGGACCACAGCAGGCCAUGCAAGUGGCCGAGCGCCUGUACCUGUCGGGCUACAUCACGUACCCUCGUACAGAGACCACGAAAUAUCCUCCUGCCUUCGACCUGCGAGAGGCUGUAUCUUUCCAAUCACGGAAUCCCUACUGGGGCGAGUUCGCGACAGAACUGCUAACAACUGGUCUUAAUCGACCUAAGGAGGGCUAUGACGCUGGUGACCAUCCACCCAUCACCCCAGUGAGGUCGGCGACAGAAGGUGACUUUGGUAGCUCUGACUCUUGGAGGCUCUUCGACAUGCUUACUCGUCACUUCCUGGCCAGCCUCGGUCAUGACUGCAAGUUCACUAGAACUAAAGUCCAUUUCGUCAUUGGGGACGAGAAAUUCUCCGUGGGCGGUCGUCGCAUGAAAAGCCCAGGCUUCACCCGAGUCCAAUACACUGGGGAGAUGCAGGAUAUCUACGUCCCUCCGUUGAAAAUUGGGGAGAAGCUACAGAUAGCGUCCAAAUCGAUCAGUAGUGCCAAGACGAAGCCUCCUCCGUAUCUUUCCGAGUCGGAUCUUCUUGGCUUGAUGGAGAAGAAUGGCAUUGGCACUGACGCGUCGAUGGCUACCCAUAUCAACAACAUCUGUGAGCCCCAUGCCCUCACCAUCUUCCAACAGAAGUUUAUGUACUUCGUGUCGCACGUUGACCUCAUGGACCACCUCUUUGAGUCGACGUUCACCUCACUGGCUGCCACAGGCAAGCUCAUGUCUAGAUGCGGUAAAUGCAGAACGUAUAUGAACUUGAUAGACAAGAAACCGGUUCGGCUCUUCUGUCGACAUUGUGAUGAGACGUAUGCUCUGCCUCAAACCGGGAGUAGCGUCAAGCUUUACAAGGAGCUCACUUGCCCUCUCGACAACUUCCAGUUGGUCAUGAUAUCAUAUCCAGCUACAGCUGGCGGUGGACGGAAACAGUAUCCUCUUUGUCCGAUGUGCUACAACGACCCGCCGUUCCCCGAAUCCAAGCCGAAGAGUUCGUGUUGGGAGUGCCUCCAUCCUACUUGUAAACAUGCCUUAGCUUCUGUCGGGGUACGCAUCAUCAUAAUCUGCAAGUUCUGCUACGGGAAAUCUCGACAGGUAUGCGGAUGCCCGCAAGAUAGCUGCAGUGGAACUCUCUGUCUCGAUGCUGAGAGUAAACCGAAGUGGAAAUUAGACUGCAACACGUGUAACUACCAGCUUAGACUAUUCCAAGAUAAAGCCCAUAAGAUUACCGUUACCAAGGACAAGUGUGAGAAUUGCGGGAGCAAGCUGUUGGAUGUCGAGUUCAGCAAAGGGAAGUCUUCACUUUCUAACGGAGCCGAGAGUGUAGUGGGUUGUCUAGUGUGUGAUGAUGCGCUCAAUUCCCAAGUCGAAUGUUCCUUCGCUCGCUUAAGCAAACGCCACGGUGGAGGCAAGGGUAAGGGAGGCCGGCGAGGGAAGGGCCGGGGCGGAAAGCGAGCAAAUGUCGACGUACGGAUGACUUUCGAUGGUUUCUAA